AUGGCCGUCUUUAACAUUGUCACCGAUAUCGCCCUCAUCAUUUUCCCGUUUCCCAUCCUUCGCCACGUCAAGCUUGACGGAAAAGUAAAAGCGCAACUCAUUCUCCUCUUCAGCAUUGCUGGUCUCAUUGUGGUAAUUACCAUCAUGCGACUGCCCAUGAUACUGAACCAGGCAGUAUCGCAGAGGUCUCGCUCCAUGUGGGCAUCCAUCGAGAUACUCUGCGCUUGCAUCGUCGCAAACACCGCGUUCUUCUACGCACUCCUCAAAGACUACCAACGAGGUCACGACUCCCGCGUGACCGGCUCGAGUAGCUACACACGCCAGCCUGACUUCUAUAUGCAGGCCAUCCCAUCGCCCGAAAUGAGGCGGGGUUCGGAGCCGUCAGACCGGCUAGACACGGCGGAUUGCUGGAGGCGGGAGAGCCGGUCGAGUAGAUCCAGUAGCAUACCGAUCAUACCAUGA